CCUACGCCCCACAGCCCCACGGGUGCAUGGACCCCCAUCGUGGCAAGCAGGACUUGCGGCCGCUGUCGCUGUGCACGGCCAACUGCCGCUACGACGUGGUGCGGCGCGUGGCCAAGAGGUUCGGCAUGAAGGACGUGUCCGAGGACGAGCCCUGGAACCUGUACUGGACCGACCUGUCCAUCUCGCUGGAGCGGUGCAAGGACAUGAAGAGGUUUCAGAAAAUAAAUCACUUCCCGGGGAUGGCGGAGAUUUGCAGGAAAGACCUGCUCGCCAGGAACCUCAACAGGAUGCUCAGGCUGUUCCCCAAGGACUACAAUUUCUUCCCCAAGACGUGGUGCCUGCCUGCAGAUUUGGGCGAUUUGAACUCGUACGCUCGCACGAGGCGAAAUCGGACGUACAUCCUGAAGCCCGACACCGGUUGCCAGGGCAAAGGCAUCUAUCUGACAAGGAGUGUCCGGGACCUCAAACCGCACACCCGCAUGAUCUGCCAAGUGUACAUAGCAAGGCCCUUCCUGGUGGACGGCUUCAAGUUCGACAUGCGCGUCUACACGCUGGUGACUUCCUGUGAUCCCCUUAGAGUAUUUGUCUACAACGAUGGCCUAGUCAGGUUCGCGACGAGCUCCUACCACGAGCCCAACAGCCACAACACCGCCAACGUGUUCAUGCACCUCACCAACUACGCCGUCAACAAGCACAGCCGGACCUUCAUCGUGGACGAGGAGGCGGGCAGCAAAAGAAAAAUCUCGACGCUCAACAGGUGGCUGGAGAGCAAGAACUACGACGUGGUGGACAUCUGGGCGCGCAUCGACGAACUCAUCGUGAAGACCCUCAUCGCCGCGCUGCCCGUCAUCCGCCACAACUACCACGCCUGCUUCCCCGCGCACGACUUCACCUACGCCUGCUUCGAGCUCCUGGGCUUCGACGUGCUGCUCGACCACAAGCUCAAGCCCUACGUCCUGGAGGUGAACCACUCGCCCAGCUUCCACACGGACGCGCAGAUCGACCGCGAGGUGAAGGAGACGCUGCUCAUGGACACCUUCGGCAUCCUGAACAUGGGCCAGUACGACAAGCGGAAGGUGAUGGAGGAGGACCGGCGGCGCGUGCGGGACCGCCUGCUGCAGAGCAUCGGCCACAAGGACGGCAGCAACGGCAGCAACGCGGGGUCCGACAGCAACCUGCUGUCGGAGAACAACCCCUGGAAGGCGCAGUUCGACUGGGAGGACAGCAACAUGGGCAACUUCCGGCGGGUGUACCCGUUGGCGGAGGGCCAGCCCGACAAGUACGAGGCCUUCUUCAACCAGAACCAGAGCUCGCUGUUCCAGGAGACGGCCGCGUCGCGCGCGCGCGAGGAGGCCAGCAGGCAGCAGCGCGACCUGCACGAGGUGAAGCAGAAGGAGGAGGAGGCGCGGCGCUCCAUGACGCUGGCCCGCCGCAAGGAGUACGAGCGGCUGCGGCCAGAGUCCCCCAACACGAUGGGCACGAUGGGCGCGCCCACCACCGUGGCGCAGCUCAGGAGGAACAGGGCCUCCAGGACCAAGCGCGGCGCGGCGCAGGCGCAGGGCACGGCCAAGCGACCCGCCGCCAAGUGCGUGCUCAGCUCCUUCCUGCCCGAGGCCAUCUCCGAGUGCGAGGAGUCCGUGAGGGCGGCGGCGCUGCAGGAGCGCAGCCAGCUCGUGCAGAGCAAGGGCAUCGUGCAGCUGAUCUACCAGAUGCUCAAGGAGAACAAGAGCCUGUGCGCCGAGGACUUGCGGAAGUACGCCGCCCUGAACGCGGAGGCCAUGCCGGCGUCCACGGCGGCGUCCACGGCGGGGGCGCGCAAGGACGAGGACCCCCACCGCCUGCCCUCGCUGCUCACGCUCAUCCAGAAGACCACGGGACAAGCGCAUGCCGAGAUCAACCGCGGCAAGGGCGUCCUGGACCCGUACGAGACGCUGGUGACCGGCCUGUGUGGCCCGUGCCUCAUAGCGCCGGGGCCCGGAGGCGACCCCGCACCCGCUGCAGCCGCCACCCAGCAAGGCCUGCCCCUGCCCCCCACCGCUGCCCCUGCAUCUGUGCCCCUGCCCCCGCGCCCAGCGCACUGCCCUAGAACGACGGUGUCGGGGUUGGGGAUGACUUGCGGAGAGGCCCCCUUCUGGGUGCGGCCAGGGCUGCGGACAGACUUGUGGGGCUCCAACUACGUGCACAUCUCCCCGCAGUGCGGCCCGCACCCCGUGUCCGUCUCGUCAGUCUCGUCCCACCAGCCCGUCGCGCCCAGGAUCACCCGCUCCACGCUGGGAAGGCUCGUCUCCACCUCCUUCAAGCUGCACAACCUCGAAAAGCGGCACGCCAAGCCCCAGGCCCAACACCUCUGACUUGGGCCCAAAUUCUGAGCCAUUGUCAGGCUUGUCAUCAAGCGUCGCCAUUUUACAUUGUCCCCUCUCUAAACUGACAGCACUGUCAUGAUUCAGACCACUUCAUCCUCAUCCAAUGUGCCUGAUAGUUUGAAAGUCUGUCUAUUUGCCUUCUAACAUUGCCUUUGUAUGUAUGUGAACUGUGACCAAGUUUUAAACAUUGUGUGAUAAAAUUAAAGCCUGUGAAAAUUUAGAAAUAAACUUGUACCAUAAGAGGAA